UCCUUUCUUCCUGGUCUCAUCGCGGGCGAUCCCAAGGCUGCAUCACAUAACCUCCAACUCAGGACGUACAGUAUCUGUCUUCCUCUCUCUCCUCUUCAUCUAGAGAGCUUUUCUUGCAUACAUAUAUACCCAGGUGAGGACACGCCCCCUCCGAAAUGGGCUCACUUGACGACUCUCUUGAGAUGACCAGAAUUACCCAUCUUGCCCAUAGGACACUACUCUUGCCACCAUGGCUACACCAACAACGCCCGCCCCUCAUCUGACCCCUGAAAUCAUGAUGCAGAACAACAGGGAAUGGGCUGCAGAGAUCAGCGCCGCCAAACCCGGUUUCUUCGAGAAGCUCGCUCAGAGGCAGGUUCCCGAGGUCCUUUGGAUCGGAUGCGCCGACUCACGUGUUCCCGCUAACGAGCUCCUGAAAUUGGGCCCAGGAGAGGUGUUCGUGCACCGCAACAUCGCCAACAUCGUCCAGCACGCCGAUCUGAACUGCCUCAGUGUCCUCCAAUACGCCGUCGACGUCCUCAAGGUCAGGCACAUCAUUGUCUGUGGCCAUUACGGAUGCGGAGGUGUCGCGGCUGCGCUGCAGAACCAGCAGUUUGGGAUCGUUGAUAACUGGAUUCGUACCGUGAAAGAACUCUACAGCUUCCAUGCUCCCACCCUCAAACACCUCACCGAAUCCGAGAAAUGCGACCGCAUGGUCGAAAUCAACUGCUCGCGCUCCGCGCACGCCAUCGCCUACACCUCCAUCGUCCAGAACGCCUGGAAGCGCGGGCAGAAGCUUACCAUUUACGGGUGGUGCUACCGUCUCAACGACGGGAUCUUGCAGGAUAUUGGGGUUAGGAUUGAGGGCAUUGAUGAGGUUGAUGGUGUUCAUCGGGUUGUGUAAGGGGUGGGUUGUGAUUCCCUGCGUUCUUGCUGCCUCCCUCUCUCCCUCUCUCCCCCUCUCUCUGUCUCGUUGUAUACCACUCCUUUGUCAAGCACAUAUUCCUUUCAUUGUGUUCCGUUCUCCGCGUAACCGGGUUUCUUCCGUCGGGUUGGCGCCUAUGGUGUUCCACAUCGUGGUACAUCUACGAUGCUACCUGCGUCUUUUUCGUCCUGGCUUUCCCUUUACCUUCGGUUGCGAGUUGCGAGUAAGCACAACACGUUUUCGCGUUCACCCGCUGCCAACA